AUGGCUUACUUGAAGAUGAGAUGUAUAUAUAUUUUCCUUCUACUUUUGGGAGCAAUGUGCUUGAUUUUUAGCAAAUACCAUCUGAAAAAAGAGCAAUUUAGUUUCAAGAUAAAAAGAGGAAACUUCCUUCAACUCCCAGAAGUGGACUGUGUGCAGAAUCCUCCCUUCCUUGUCAUACUGGUGACUUCCUCCCACAGACAAGUGGCAGCUCGGCUGGCCAUUAGGAAUGCUUGGGGGAAAGAAAAGGUUGUGAAAGGAAAACUAAUAAAAACUUUCUUUCUCCUGGGAACCACAAGCAAUCAGCAGGAAACAACAAUAGUGGUCAAGGAAGGCAUACAAUAUCGGGACAUUAUCCAGAAGGACUUUGUAGAUGUCUAUUUCAAUUUGACUCUGAAGACCAUGAUGGGCAUGGAAUGGGUCCACCACUUCUGCCCUCAAGCCACCUUCGUGAUGAAGACAGAUUCAGACAUGUUUGUCAAUGUCUACUAUCUGACUGAACUACUUCUAAAGAAAAACAGAACAACUAGGUUUUUCACUGGCUUCUUAAAAUCCAAUUCACACCCUAUUAGGCAUAAAUCCAGUAAAUGGUUUAUCAGCAAACAGGAGUAUCCAUGGAACACAUACCCACCUUUCUGCUCAGGUACAGGCUAUGUUUUUUCUAGUGACGUUGCGAGUCAGGUGUAUAAUGUUUCUAAAAGCACCCAAUUUAUUAAAUUUGAAGAUGUGUUUGUGGGACUCUGCCUGGCCAAACUGAACAUCAAGCCACAGGAACUUCAUUCAGAGGAGACCUUUUUUCCUGGACGGAUGCCCUUCUCCAAAUGUCGGUUUAAGAAAAUUGUGACUAGUCAUUAUAUGAAGCCUUCAGAAAUUUCAUUGUAUUGGGAUGCUCUGGAGAAUUCCCUGGAAGAAAAGUGCCCAGAUACUCAGGAGGCCCUAAGAGCACUACUGGAAAAAAUCAUGCACCCAAAAUCACUGUGA